AUGGAUUCCAGUUUAUAUCCGCGUCCGACGGGACUGCACACUCUAUCUUCCGAUCAAGUUGACCUACGCCCUGAUUCGGAGGUCGACAUCGAUAUCCACCACCCUCGGCCCAUUUCAGACGAUAAAAAUGCAUGGUUCUUCUGGCAUUCUGGUUAUGAGACCAUGCACCCUUACACGAAACGCAAUAUCCGAGCAUGGCAUCGACGCUUCUCAAAGCAAGGAUGGGUAAUCCGUGUGCUCAAUCUUUGCCCGGGCUCGGAGCUUAACGUCUCCAACUUCCUCGAUACCAGUGAUCCCGAAACAUUUCCUCGAGCCUUCACAGAGGGCACAAUCGCCGGUCAUCACGCAGCCCAACACACCUCUGAUCUUGUCCGAUUCCCAUUGUUGGUCAAGUAUGGUGGCAUCUACGCUGAUGUGGGUCUGAUCAUGAUCGGGGAUCUCGAUCGCCUUUGGAAUGCGACCGUUGGAAACCAGGCUUCACCUUACGAAGUUGUUUCAUUUAAAUUUGAUGGGGUAGCCCUGACCAACUACUUCCUGGGAUCAAGUCGCAAUAACCCAUUUUUCCGACGCUGCCACCAGCUUUUCUUGAAAUUAUGGGAGGGCAAAACUUCGACAGAGGGAAUGUGGAACUCCCCUUUGCUGAAAGGUGUCCCUAUUCUACGAUCGCCCAAGGGAUUCAACGAGAAUGGCAGAGACAUCGACAUCGAAGAAGCCAGCAAGAUCCUCACGGACUACAUCAUUCAAGGGCAAGUGAUUUCGUUGGUCAUGAGUCUUGUUGAUAUUGAAGGGAAGUGGAAUGGACCCGAAUAUUCCGCCAAAAAUAUCUACGCAAUGGACUACAUGGUCGGAUCGCAAUUAAUCAAUGAUAUGACUUCCUGGGAUGGACCGCGGGCCUUCGAGUUACUUUCACUCUCGCUGCCACUGAAUGGGGAAAAGGAGUCCGAAGACCAGAGAAAAGCCAGAGAAAUUGUGGAAGCGUGCCUAGCCAAGAGUUUUGCAUUCAAGCUUGCGCAUGGUCUAAUUCUGAGAGUACUUGGAGAUACACUGGGUUCUCUAUGGAGAGGGCACGAGGGAUCGGACGAUGUUCCGCAUACAUACGCCCAUUGGCUCCGAUCGGGUGUUCUCAGAUGGACACAAAACGAACUACCCCCUGCAGAGGAGUUUGGAAAGUUCGAGCCUUGUAAGAUUGGGUCACUACUGGAGGAAUAG